AUGGCAGCUGUCUUAGGACAUUACAACUUCUGGAACAUAACAAGCGAGCAGGCUUUACAAGAAACCUCGCUUCGUAUGGAAAAUGUCAAGCCUCUGUGGGCCGCUUGCUCUGUACUCUCGAUCGUCAUGGCACCCAUAAUAGUGCUUGGCAAUUUGCUGGUCUUGUUAGCAGUUUGGAAAGAUCCCCUUAAGAAACUUCGCUCAUCACCAUCCAACUUCAUUCUGGUCUCCAUGGCUCUCGCUGAUCUGUCAGUCGGCUUGGUGGUUUGUCCACUCACCGCGUAUUGGGCCUGGGUAAGAUUUGACACAAAAACAUCACCUUUUGGUCUUUCCGUUAUUUUUGCCAUCAACGUUUUCUGUGUGAAUGUGAGCUUCGGCCACAUGUUGCUGUUGGCAGUGGAUAGGCUUUUUGCCGUGGUAACUCCGCUUGAGUAUCGUUUGAAAAUAACGAAUAAACGAGUACUGGUCGCUUGUUGUGUUUGCUGGAUGUACUUCUUGGCGUUCGGGUGUUCAUUUCUAAUGCUUGGGGACUAUUUUGCCAUAAUGGUGACAAUCUACAACGUACAGCUUUUAUCCAUUCUCUUGAGCAUUCUUAUAAUGUAUGCAGUUAUCAUGUUCCAUUUUCAUAGAUAUUCAAAAACGAUAGGAACAGAACAGCUGCAUUCAAUAGACAGUCGUCUGAUGAUUCUCAAAAGAGAACGAAAUCUCUUUAAAGCGAUCACCAUCGUCAUCUGUGCAUUUCUUAUUUGCUACAUGCCCUGGUUUAUAGUUCAGCUGUUGAAAUAUUUGUGCAAACUAUGCCACCCUCAUUUGGCAUUGCUUAUAAUAUUGUUUAGAUUUUCAACCAGUUUAACGCACGCAAACUCCUUCUUGAACCCGAUACUUUAUUCAUGGCGGCUUCCAAAAUUUAAAGAAACAUUGAAGUACUUUUGGAAAAACCGAGAUUUUGGAAGAUGGCACUGACAAUUCAAGUAAAAAUUUUUUUAGGCUUUGUUAUUUAAACCUCGCUGGGACUACGAAAAUAAAUAUGAAAAGAAAAACCAAAAGGAUGCUGCUCGCAGUAGUAAAAUGACGCCAUAUUUGAACAACCUGUCUGUAGUUUCAAUAGUGCUAUCAAUUGUUAAAUCGAACUAACUAAACCGAUUUCAGUCUUUAUUGCAAGAAGUUUUUUCCGUAUCUUAACGAAUGUCCACAUUAGACGCUAGCUUUCAAUAGGGAGUUUAAGGAAAUACAUUUUUGAGCGACGAACGUCAACCGGAAGUGAACCUUUUUCUCUCUUAAUAUGCCUCGAGGCCACCAAAUUUGUAUUGCUAAGUUUUUUUUUAACUCUUAUAGAGACGAUUUGUCCAAAAGUGAGUUGAAAAUCACGACUCAAGAGUUGAAAAUGUCCACUUUCGGUUGACGUACGUCGCUCAAAAACGUCGCUGCUUAAACUGCCUAUUUUGAAAGUAAGCACGUGACUCUUGGACUCUAAAACUAAUCUAAAUUACAUAAUCGGUCAAUCCGUGCCUCAUUUGUUCAGUUCUCAUAGAUAUACGUGGGUGGAAUGCUAUAUUUAUUCUGUUUUCUUUGCCCCGACACCAUUAUUAAUCUGAACUUUUCGUUUUUAAGUCAUGCUUUAAGACACAUGAUUUAAUACUAAACGACAGUAAAGGUCACAUUUUACCUGUCCUUUUCCGCGUAAUGAUGCUGUAGAUUCUGUUUGUAUUAAACGUUAAUAAAAUAUUCUGGAUUUUGGAUUUUGUUUCUUUAAAUGUCUUUCAAAUGAACAAGCCGUAAGUUGCUUUACUUACUCUUUGCCCGCUGAGAUAUGACUGCCAGAGAAAACACUAUUCAUGUAAAACAGAUAUUGAAGGGACAAUGAAAUGUGUCCAACUAUUUUAUCUUUACUAAGUGUUUUAGGCCAUUCAUUUACCACUUGAAUGUUCGGAGUAACUUACAUGUACUUUAGCAAUCAGGUGAUAAUUGAAGCCGUUUUCUGUUGUCAGCUAAGACUUUUGGAAAGAGGAAACGAAAUUUCCUCUUUCCAAAAUAAUUAGCUGACAAUAGCUAAAAAAAAAUUCGGUUUAAUGACACGAGUUUUCGUGACACGAAGGCAUGUGAUCGUGUUUCCAUCGUUUCAGUGGUUUCGUGUGGACUCGAAUCACUGCUUGUGGAUGCUUAUAAACGGAGAAAAAGUCUCCUUUUUCAAAAAUACCCGGAUACGAGUCGACCAGGCCUAAGAAAACAAAGAGCGACGGCGGCGAAAACGUCCCCAAAAUAGUGGCUUCGCGUUCAAACUUAAGCGCGAUUAUCCCAAUCUCCUGGAGUUUAAUUCCUAAGAAAUAUUUCCAAGUUCAAAAGGAGAAAGAGAAAUUUAUCGUCGUUUGUUUACAUCCUCUAUAAAACGUGAAAUCAAGCCGUAGUUUUGCAGUGACUGCAAAGAAUUGUACAAGAAAUAUUAAAUCUUUUAAUCUACAGAACGCCGCCUACAGUUCACUUCCACAGAAUUGUACAUUCGUUUUAAAGAGGGGAGGUUUUUAAUCGAGACCAUUUCUUUUUAAAAGUGUCUAAAGAAUUAUGGUCUUUUGCAAUUUGCCUUUCUAUUUCCACAGUGCGUUGAACUAUUUGUGUGUACAUUUGGACAUUUGGGCGCUUAUCUCUUUGUUUACAGAUGUAGAAAAUGUGCUGCAUGUGCGAAGUCAUUGUUUCCUAAUCUAAGUCCAAGCGAACACGAAUCCGGAUAAUUUUGACUAAACCGCGUAUUUUAAACACGAAUGGGCCGUCCCUCCACACGAAACCAGUGAAUACGCUCACCAAAACCGCAUGUUUUGGAAACGGCUCUCCUGAGUGGUUUAAGGCCCCGUCCACAGGAAUCCGGGUAAGAAAUAUACAGUUUUAAAAACUUCAGGAUUGACGAGGGCGCGGCCUAAACCUGCUGCGUUUUUGACGUUCUCUUCAAAAAAAAAAAAAAACUUCCUAAACUUGCUACAGCUCAGGAGCUUGAACAGACCAAAUUUCAGUCUGAAAAGAUUUGCGUGAAGACUUCUGACAUUUCAGGCCAGCCGAAAACACAAACAUGAGUUGUAUGUGGUUGUUGAUAAUAUUUGAUCAUAGCGGUUUGCUAGUCAGGAGGUACAUUUCCCCUUUAUUAGGGGACCUACAGUUGUCUGUUAGUGUAUAACUAGUACCAAGUACUUAUAUAAUAAUUCAAUAACAUUCACUUGACAUUAUGCUUAUAAAAAUUUGAGGGAAAAAACAAGGCUAAUUUAAAAUUAUUACAGGAAACUUAUUAUUUUCUUUGUUGGGCACUGACUAAGGCUAGGGAGCAUUUAUUCGAAAACAAAAGCGUUUAUUGCUAAUGUGAAUAAACUGCAAAAUUUGCCUUCCGAAGUUGACUUAAUGCACCGAAUAACACCUAACCUGAGGAAAGUUUGAGCCUUUAACAAUGUUUCCUAGUUUCCUAACUUCCUUUUACCAUUCCUGAUGUAUUCUGAAGAUACCUGAGUGUAAAAAUAGGAAUCACGUGGAUUAUGUCAGUGUUGUUUUGGGGAGGAAGUCGUAAUCUGGUGGUUUUCCAGGUCAGUGAAAUCAUUUGUCUCGCCUUUCCUUUGUCAGGUUUCCGAAUCUUCCGAAAUCCGACUCUAGAAAGUACCUUAAAGACUUAAAAGCCGUAACACUUCCUUUGGAUUAAGUCAAGUCUAACUAUCUUCACUGAGCUUUUUGGAUGUUCAAACAUCUCCAGUCCAAAAAAAAAAAAAAGAUUGUUGAAAUAAAGCCAAAAGAAUAUUAGAAGCAAGUGAACAAUAUAUCCGAGGCAUAAAUAAUUUAUUGUUUGUUUGUUCCGUGUUAGGAUGGAAAUUCACUACACUCAUUGUGUUUAGCUGAAUCACUUGACAAUAGAGAGAUGGCCGGAGAGAGCUCGUUUCCUCAACCUGAGCCGAAAGGUAAAACGAAAAGGAAAGCGUAACAUAACAUAAAAACUUGAUCAGAAUUGGACAAAAAGCAAUGGUUUGAGUUUAAAUAACUUUAAUUCACACAUCAAGUGUUAUGAAGACCGGGUCAAUACAAAUAAUCGUUGUUCAAUCAAAAUGCAGAUUAUUCAAUUGACAUCAUGUAAAAAAGCUGAAUAGCACUAGAAAAUGUAAUAGUUGUUCAGUAAAGAGUGUAAAGAGCAGGCUGGGAUCACGUCACGAGAGGAUUGUGGUGAAGACGGAAAACAACAACUCCUGUCCAUUUGCUUGUAAUGGCGGCCGUCGUUGGUCAUUACAGUUUCUGGAACAUAACGAGCGAGAAAGCUUUACAAGAUGCAUGGUUGACUCUUGAGAAUGUCAAGCCUCUGUCAGCUACCAGUUCUGUUCUCUCGAUUGUCAUGGCGCCUAUGAUAGUGCUUGGCAAUGUGCUUGUUUUGUUAGCAGUUUGGAAAGAUCCGCUUAAGAAACUUCGAUCAUCACCAUCAAACUUCAUUCUGGUCUCCAUGGCCAUCGCUGAUCUGUCAGUCGGCUUGGUGGUUUGUCCACUCACGGCAUAUUGGGGCUGGGUAAUAUUUGACAAAGGAACAUCGCCUUUUGAUCUCUCUGUUAUCUUCGCAAUCAACGUGUUUUCGGUGAAUGUCAGCUUUGGCCACAUGUUCCUGUUGACAGUAGAUAGACUUUUGGCCGUGAUCAAACCGCUCCAUUAUCGUGUUAUUAUUACAAAUAAACGAGCAGUCACUGCAAGUUGUGUUUGCUGGAUCGAUUUUUUGGCGUUUGGGUGUUCAUUUCUGAUGCUGAGGGAUUAUUUUGCCAUAAUGGGAGCUGUGUACAACGUCCAACUUCUUUCCAUCCUUUUAAGCAUGCUCAUAAUGUACACUGUGAUCAUGAUUCGAUUUCACAGAUAUUCAAAAACAAGGAUGAAUGAGUCAAUUCAUCCCCCAAACAGUCUUCUCGUCAUCCUCAAGAGAGAAAGAAGUCUCUUCAAAGCAAUCAGUAUCGUCAUCUGUGCAUUUCUUAUUUGUUAUAUGCCCUGGUUUAUUGUUCAGAUUUUGAUAUAUUUGUGUAAACCAUGUCACCCUAAUUUGGCUUUGCUCAUGAUUUUCUUUGGAUUUUCGGGCAGUUUAAUGUACGCAAACUCGGGCUUGAAUCCAAUUCUAUAUUCAUGGCGGCUUCCGAAAUACAGAGAAACAUUCAAGUACCUUUGGAAGAAUAGAGCCUCAAGGGUAACAGUUCCAAAAAAUAAGAACAGCAGUGAAGAAGUUUAUAAUACAAAGCUCUAA